AUGAUCAAGCUGCAGGAGAUUGGGGAUCUACAAAAAGGCCCUGCUGACAUGAUGCUGCUGGACAGUGGGGCGACACACUCACUGAGGAGGGCAAGAUCAUGGGCGGAAUGGGAAGAUGCGUCUCCAACUAUUGUGGCAUUGGCACAGGGAACAACAUCAAGUUUGAGAAUCAAAACGGGCACCAAUACUUUGAUGGCAAAGCCUGAGGAUGACAGCUUUGGCAACGGCAUUUUGCCUAUGGGUGCCUUGACGCGCUAUGGGUUUGAGGUUUCUUGGAUCGGGGGAGAGUGUAAAAAGAAGAGCCCUGCAGGUGAGGACAUAGAUGUCCGGGUGAUCAGUGGCUGUCCUAUGAUUGAUUGUCAACUGGGCAUGAACAUGAUGAAGCAGCUCGAGGAUGACAGCCAGCGCACUGCAGCGAGAUCAGCGCUGGUGCGAGCCAUUCUUCAGCGGCCCAACCUGCUGAGUGAUCUACCUGCUUUGGACUCUGAGACACUGCUCACCCUCAUGUUGCGAAAAGAGUUCCCUGAUCUUCCAGAAUCGAUCUGUCAAAAGAUCGUGCCAAAAGUAGCUGAAGUUCGAGGUGAUCAACUGCCGUGGAAUCGACGACAGCGUCGAAGAAUUCUUCGAGCUCGCAGAGUGAUCUUGCAUCUCUACAGUGGCAAGGACCAGAAAACAUGGCAGCAACUGGAAGAUCCGCACACUGUGGUCAUUUGUGUGGAUCGUCUCAUCAACCCGAAGAUGGAUAUGAUGAACGACAAUCUGACUGAAGCAUGGAAACGAUUUCAAACUAGAUAUGCCUUGAAAUUGACCUCAUUUGAGCAGGGAGCUUUUGGACAUGCGAAGCCCAAACCCACAACGUUUGGACACAACAUGACGGGGCUUGAACAACUUGAGGGGGCGAAGUCUCCACGUGAAGUUCAUCAGCAAUCUCCCUGGCUUGAGCGACCACUUCAAGAGCGUCUGGCAUCAUCUUCCACAUGGUCGGAAUGGGCAGUGGGGCUGAAAGCAGCCUUGAUUGAGGGCUUGAGGAGGAAUCUGUCGUCACUUGAGGAUGGGCGUCGUCACACUGGGGCACCGGGCUCUGCGGAGGAGGCAUCUCGGGACUCUGGUGAUGAUGACAAUAAGCCCCCUCUAGAUUCCCCUCAGCUUUGCCCACUGUCUGAGAUUGCCCUUUCCAAAUGGAAGGCACACAUCCUUAAUGAUCAUCAACCUAUGAGGAGAGAUUGCAAAGUUUGUGUGGAAGCCGCAGGUCAGUCCCGACAUCACCGACGAAUCCAACAUCCAAGUGCCUACUGUCUUUCAGUAGACUUGGCAGGCAAGUUGAAGCGUGGCAAGGAUCAAUUUGGCACUGUUGGCACGUACAUCCUGAUCGGCUGUUACACUUUUCCAACCACAUUGGAUGAUGUUCCUCUAUGUGGACCAGGUCAACAUCGACCACCGGAGGAUGCUCCGCUACCAAGUUUGGAUGAGGUGUUGGACGAAGAUGGGUUGGAUGGCAAUGUGGAGGACGGAGAGCUUCCACGUUUUGAAGCUGAGGUGGAGGAACAACAGGAUGAUCAGGAUGAUGCUGCAACGAAACGGGCAAAGAUAGCAUACGACAGUUGGAUGAAAUUGGUGGAGGAUCACAAGCAAGUGAAGGUGAAGACACUGACAUUUGCGGAGGUCAUCACAUCUAGAGCUACUGGCCAUGUUUUGGAGGGCUUAGCAAGAAUCUAUGCCAGGAUCAGAGGCUUGGCGCUCCCAGUCCUACGCCUACAUGCUGACCGUGCAAGAGAGCUGACAUCAAAAGCCGUUCCGUCGUGGUGUCACAGUAGGGAUAUGGUAGCAACCUACACCUCUGGUUCUGAUUGGAAGAGCAAUGGACGGGCGGAGAAUGAGAUUGGCAUUGUAAAGCGGCAUGCAAAAAUCUUGAUGAGGGCACACAACGUUGAUGAACAGCGAUGGCCCAUUUUGGUGAAGCAUGCUGCAGAACGACGUUUGCGAUGGCAGCUCCAACAAGUUGGCUAUCCAGUGCCGGAUCUCUUGCCCUUCUACACCAAGGUCCUUGUCAAGCGCAAGUCCUGGAAUCAACGAUAUGCUGCAUGGAGGUGGGAACGUACCCCUGGUCGAGUUUGUGGUCCUGACCCAUGGUCAUCAUUAACAUCAGGUGGGUACUGUGUGCAGCUGGAGGACGGGACAUACCUUGCAUCCACUGAUGUGGUGGUCGAACAAUCAGAGCUUGGGGAGGGAUUGCAACUGGACCUUGUGGUACAAGAACAAUUUCAAACUCCAGGUGGUCAACAAAUUGCUGAAGUUCCUCGGCGCCGAUUGCGCUACAAGCAAGGUGUCCCUCAGGUAGCAAGAUUAGAGUUGGCAUCCAACUCGGGGGAGAAUGUGAUGGUGCAGGUGAGUGAUAGUAGCGAUGAAGUGGAGAGAAAAAGGCUUCUUCAAAUGCACCACGCGACCUCCACAAUUUUGUCUGAGGAGUGCAUCUUGAUUGAUGACAUGGAUCCAAUGCAUGCGGCAUGUGUUCCAGCGUUGGCUAUGCUGGCUCAUCAGAAGUUUGAUCUGGAAAUCCAACUGCGAGCAAUAGACGUUGAGCGUCAAAAGGUUGCGGAGGUGCCACGAAAUGAGGCAUUGGAGAUGGCAAAGGUGGAUGGCAGAAAGUAUGAGGAGCUUCCUAGCAAAGUGGUCUUCACCAGGAAAAUGGGUGGAAAAAGAAAGGUGAGAGCUUGCAUCUGUGGCAACUAUGAGGAUGAAGUUGCUACUUCAACAUAUGCGGGUGGCUGCGAUGCUUCGCAAAUUCGAAGCGUGGUGAGGCAUGCUAGCCUCAAACAAUGGGCCAUACACUGCACCGACAUCAAGUGUGCCUUUUUGAAUGCUGAGAGGAAGGACCGCACCAAAUUGAUCGGGAUGUCCAUCCCCAACAUCUACGUCAAAUUGGGUGUGGCGUCUCAUCAGGAUAUUUGGCUGGUAGAUGCUGCGAUGUACGGGUUAGUCUCCAGCCCAAGAGACUGGUCUGAUCAUCGUGAUAGUGUGAUCCCCUCCAUGGUUUGGCACAGAGAAGAGGCUGAGAAGAAAUGGAAGGGCAGUUUCCAUCGAGCUGCUGAUCAACAUUUGUGGCAUCUACGUGAAACAUGCUUGGAAACGGGGGAGGUGAAAAAUUGUGGUAUCAUGGCGAUCUAUGUUGAUGACGUUUUAUUAGCUGCUGAACAUCGGGUUGCAACCAGUGCCCUGGAAGCCAUUGCAUCGAUCUGGGAGUGUUCAAAGCCUGAAGAAGCGACCCUUCAACGAUCGGUGACUUUUUGUGGCUUCGAGAUUCAGCAGAACAACCGAGAAGAUGGAGGAGGGUACCGACUUCACCAACAGAGCUAUGAGGCAGAACUCACCAAAAAGUGGGAGGUUGAAGAAGUCCGACAGCAACUGGAUUUCAAGUUACCUUCUCCAGAGGAAGAAGGCCUUUUUCAGAAAAGUGAAGACCAAGAUCUCAUCAGAAAAGCACAAGCCUGCACUGGGGCCUUGCUAUGGUUAGCAACUCGCACACGUCCUGAACUUUGUGUUGGUGUGGCGGCGAUGUCAAGAUUGUGUACAAAAGCUCCUGAUCUUGCAAUCUCCAUUGGUCUGAAGAUGAUGGCAUAUCUUCGAAGACCUACCUUGGGAAUGAUCUAUGCUGAAAGUCCUGGUCCCAUCAAUGGAGCUCGAGGACAACUCAGCCUGCCUCGAUGUGAAAGAACUGUGGAAGCUUUUUCAGACAUCUCCUACGCUUCCACCAAGGGUUACAAGUCGUUGCAGGGUCAAGUCUACUAUUAUGCUGGAGCACCAGUGAUGUGGAGCACAAACCGCCAACCAUUUCCAACACAAUCAACUGCAGAGAGCGAGCUGGUGAGCCUUUGUGAAGCACUUGUUGGGGGCCGUGCAACAGCAUCUCUAGUUGCAGCAGUCCGAGAUGAACCUGAGGAGAAGCUGAUCAAGCGUCUUUGGGGCGACAAUGCAGCUGCCAUUGCAUUGGCCACUGGAGAGGGACAAGGAAGCUGGCGCACACGUCACUUGCGCAUUAGAGCAGCCAUCCUACGAUCAGCACUUCAUCACAAUGAAUGGCAUCUUGGACACCUGGCUGGCCGUGAGCUUGUAGCUGAUUCCUUUACAAAGGUGGUAUCUGGUUUGGCUUUUGAGCGAGCUUUGCAAGACUUGUGCAUUCAGGCAAAGGUGAACAAAACAACAAAUGGCGGAGGAAUCCGAAAGGAUCAAGAACAUGCGAAAGUAGCGAUGUUGGUUGGUGCCACUUUGCUUUCUAGCGCUGCUGCUACAGGUGAUGAUGAUGAAGGAGGUGAUGAGCUGUCCUGGCUUUGGACGAUUGGCUUAAUCCUGAUGUGCGUGGGUGCAGUCUACGUGGGCAACAAAGCUGUCCGAAGUGGCAUGUGGCUCUACAAGCGACUGCUGGGAACAUCGGGCGGCUCUGAAGUUCAACCAGUCAAAGGGCGUGAAGACCUUCCACAUCUUAGGAUGUUGCAGUGCAGCAGCAGUGAGGAGUCUGGAGUCGUGGAGUGA